AUGCCUCUUCUUCUUUUGCCUUCCGAAUUGCUGCUCCUCGUUGCAGACUUUCUAGAAAGAGAAAGAGACAUUAACUCAUUGGCUAAAACUAACCAGCAGUCUUAUUCUCUCCUCAAUCCAUACUUAUAUCGACGCAAUUCACUGCAGUCUGGACGUUCGGCGCUGUUGUGGGCUGCCCAACGAGGAAGGGUGGCGACGGCUCGAACCUGCGUUUCGGAAGGAGCUAAUGUUGGGGCGAUCGAUGGCUUUGGCAGGACACCCCUGAUCUGGGCUGCGUGGAAGGGCCACGAGGCGGUCGUAAGGCUUUUGCUGGAGACCGGACGGGUGGAUAUCUACUGGAAGGACUCCGACGGUUGGACGCCGUUGUUUCACGCUGCGUCAAGGGGCCGCGAGGCGGUGGUGAAGCUGUUACUGGAGACUGGGUGGGUGGAUGUCGACUGGAAGGACUCCGACGGUCGCACGCCGUUGUUUCACGCUGCGUCAAGGGGUCGCGAGGCGGUCGUAAGGCUUUUGCUGGAGACUGGGCGGGUGGAUGUCGACUCGAAGAACUUCCUCGGUUGCACGCCCUUGUCUGAGGCUGUGGAGAAUGGGUACGAGGAGGUGGUGAAGAUAUUACUUGAGACCGGCGAAGUGGAUGUAAACUCGAAGGACUCGGACGGUCGCACGCCACUGUCUAGGGCUGUGUGGAAUGGCGACGAAGCGGUGGUGAAGCUGAUACUGGAGACGGGGAGGGUGGACGUCGACUUGAGGGACUUGGACGGUUGGACAUUAUUGUCCUCAGCUGUGGAGAAUGGGCACGAGGAGGUGGUGAAGAUAUUACUUGGGACCGGCGAAGUGAAUGUGAACUCGAAGGACUCGGGCGGUCGGACUCCAUUGUCCUUAGCCGCAGAGAAUGGGAAUCUGACGGUUCAACACCACUAUUUUGGGCCGCAAAGUAUGGGCAUGAGGCGGUGGUGA